UGGGAACGCCGCAGAUGGCGAGUGGUUAAACUGGGAGUGGGGAAGGUCUGUAUAUAAGGCCGUGUCAAGCUGCAGCGCUAGGUUGCACCUCCUCUGACACAAUGAAGAUUGCAGUUGCCCUGAUCCUGUCCGUGUUGGUGGUUGUCCACGGCGAGCACGCCAAGAGACAGCUCUCGACUGUGCUGGCCGCUGUUGAACCAGCCUUGUCCAGUCUUCUGGUGGACAAACUCGGCCUCGACAAACUCAUCAGCACGUUCGUUGGAAACGUGGCUGCUUUCUUCAAUGGCAAGACUGGCACUAUACCGCUUGAUGGAACACCGCUUGUUCUUAAUUACAACAUUCACAAAUGCAGUCUACACUUUGGAAAGAGAUUCCUCAUCAAACACAUUGCCGAGGAGCGUUGCAAGGCUGAAGUCUGCGAGAACAAGAUCACCAAAUCCUGCAAGUCGUGCGAAAAGGGCCACCAAGACGAUGCCCUGAAAUGUGCACUUCAGGCGGAGGUCGCUGAAAUCACCAGACUCGCCAAGGCUGCCCAAGCGGCUCAAGCCAAGCAGAGUUAGCUCCCCUCAUAAUACCCGAUGUUCGUUGCGUGGGUUCGCUUGUCGAAGUCAAUAAAUAUUGUGACCUAUGA